CCACUCCACUGUAACGUGCAAGACGGAGGUUAACACAAGCAUUGCUCCGACGAACGACUAUGUAAGAGUGAUGAAGGAAAGUUCCGGUUGCCAUGAGGUCCUGUGAAAUACGUAUCCUGGCCUAGCCUGAGGGGUCACCCUGAGGAAGGGAUCCUGGUGCGGAGCUCUGAAGAGGGAGCUAGGGGAAUGAGGACAGGUGCAGAAUACACCCACCGGAGGGGGCAGCCGGUGCAAAGGAGGAGAGCGAGGGGGAGGGAUACAGAUGAAGUCAGAGAAGUGGAUAGUGGCCACACUACGCAGGACUUGGGGGCCGUGAAGGCAGUUUCUUUACAAGUCGGAGGAUGGAAAGCAGGGGAGACCCAGGACAGCAGCCAGUUUCUUCUUCGCUUCAGAGAUGAGCAGCUUCAGGAGAGGGUCUUGUGCGUCCCCAGCUGUUUGUGAUCGCACAUCGUAUCCCUUGUCCCGACCACAUCCCUGGCUCAUCCCUUGGGCCCCAGGCCACACCCGAGCCCCUUCCCUCCUCUCCCUGAAUCCUCGGAGGUGGCGCCCUCCCUCUGCCCUUCCGAAUGGCCCUGAUGAUCUCAUUAGUGUAGCGUCAGGGAACGAUCCUAAUCGGUUUAGCCAGAGGCAGGAUAAAUUUCCAGCCGCACCCUGCUGAGGGAGACCUGGUCACUCACACCCAUGGCCCCCUGAGACCUGCCCAGUGCGUGGUGAGUAGUGACCUUCCUGGUUGCCUUUCUUGGUGGCCACUUACCCAAGGGUGUUGGUGGGGAUCUGCCCCGAGGAUGGGGAGCUGGCGGGCUUUUUACCACCGCACUGAGGACUGGGUCUGUGGGGGUCUGCCUGCUGUUCUAUUCAGAGAGGUUGCCCAGCCAAUCAUUUUCAGCUCCCCCAUAUCAAACAGUGGCUGCAGGCAGCCCCCAAGGCCAGAAAUGGUCCGGGGACCUUGGGCCACACACUCCCAGCCAACUUGAGUGGGCAUCAGCCACAGGCUGGGCUGGGGCCGGGGCAGCUGGGAGAGCUUAGACAGCGGUUUCCAUGAGGCCAGCAUCUGAGAGUAGGAGUUCGGUCUGGGCCAGGGCUGCGCACACCGGGCCCACGGCCUGGGACUGGGGAAGGGUCUGGCUGAGCCUACACUGUCUAGGCUGUGAGGAGUGGGCAUCACAGGGUCUGAGCAGCCAGGACCACCAGGCCCACUGCCACGCACCUUGGACCCCGUGCACGUCCUCUUGGCAUGGAGGCGGAAUCUUAGGGAGGGAAGGUCCGUGGUGGGGUCCCCCUGGUACCGGGUGCCCACACCCACCACCCAGCCUUCCUCGGGGUGGGCCCACCUGUCCUCGCCUGCCAGUCUCAGCCCUGGUGCUCUAGCAGGCAGCUGGCAGUGGCCCAAGGCUGGAUUCAGGCACUGCAGCCCACAAUACCAGGGAUGGGUCCCAAGAGGCGGUGCCUGGGGUAUCCAGUGCCAGGGGCUCCUGUCUGUGUCAUGUGCUUAGCCCCAGAACCUUCCAGGCUCACAGCGGCCCUGAGGGAUUAGAGUGUCCCUCUGGAGCUAAUAGGCUUAGGGGAAGCUGAGUCGCCCUUGAGCAGGGUCAGGGGGCUUAGGGCAUCCAGGGAGAGGUUCUGCGGGAGGGGCAGAGGGGAGGUCGCCCUAUGCAGUGGGUUCAGGGACACCAGCAGGUGGCACUGGUGCCCAGAGCAGUCCCUCAGCACAGCGAGUGGCCGGGGGUGGGGUGGGGGGUGAAAGAGUCUACUAGUUGAGAGAGGAAGCUGCUGGGGUGGAGGGGAGGGUUGCACAGCUGAGCUCAGGACUUGUUCUGAGACACGCCCCUCCCUGGCCAGCAUACUGCCCUCCCUUAGUCGUUCUUCAUUGACACUACUAGCUGCCUGGCAUGCCACCGGGAAUGAGACAGAGUGUCCCCACCCACCCGAGGGGGGUGCACCUGCAGGGCCACCCAGGACUCUCAUUCCCUCUGCCUGACCCCAGCUGGAGCCCCACCUGGAGAUGAGAGGGGGCUGUUGUCGGGGUCAUGCCCAGGAUCUCGUGUUUCAGGAUUUCCUCUGUUCUUCUGGGUUGAGACCUGCAAGGGGGCUGACUGGGAUCCCCUCCCCCCACCAGCCUGGUGUGCCCCCAGCCCACAGCGUGAGGAAGUCUAGAAGCCAGAGGUCUCCGCCAUCCUGGCCAUGAACCUGGAGCCACCCAAGGCCGAGAUCCGGUCGGCCACCAGGGUGAUUGGGGGGCCUGUCACUCCCAGGAAAGGGCCCCCCAAAUUUAAGCAGCGGCAAACCAGGCAGUUCAAGAGCAAACCCCCCAAGAAAGGCGUCCAAGGGUUUGGGGAUGACAUCCCUGGAAUGGAAGGCCUGGGAACAGACAUUACGGUCAUCUGCCCAUGGGAGGCCUUCAACCACCUGGAGCUGCACGAGCUGGCCCAGUACGGCAUCAUCUAGCGCGAGAGCCUGACCCGGAGUCCCAGGGCCCUACCCCCCGCUGCCCGCUCCGACCCCUGGUCAGGAUUCCUGUGAGGAAGCCCAUCCCCCCGAGGGUGUCCGGGUUGUCCAGUUUGUGUUUGGAGACCCUUGCAAGGUGACAACCUUGGGACCCUAGAUGCUAGUUACCAGAAGCCCCCCGUCUCCCUGCAGGACAUCUCGGGCCCGGUCAGGCCCUGCUUAACUUCCAGAGGCCCGCAGAUCUUCUUUUAGGGCUGGAAAGCCAGGGCAGGGCUCCCAGAAAUGUCCCUCACCCCCUGCUCCCGUCCUGCUAUCUGGUGGUGAGGACAAGCCCCCCUCGCCAGUCCUUCCCAGCUGGUGCCCUUGGGUUGGUGGCGGGGGAGGGGUGGGGGGCGGUGUCCCGGUGGCAUCAGCAAGAGCGCGGCACCCCUCCAAACCCAUCACGCCAGCAGGAAACUUGACCUCCCCGCCACGGCCCAUGCUUGCUGUCCGUGUUGCAAAAUAAAGUCA